AUGGCGUCCUCUCCCCAUGAACCACCGUCCCGUACCCCCAUCCCUAAGAUCGACUUGUCCAAGAAGCUAGCUCGAACUGGUGGCCCUCGACGGCAGCCUGCCGCUGGUGACUCGGCGCCACCAACUCCAUCUAUGCCCCCUCGCCCUGCCACAGAGGAUCUCCGGUACACACGUCCUGUUCCUCGCAUUCUCUCUGUCCAGGACCACCAAUCCUUCCUUUCGUCCCCGUCGCACACCCUAAUCACGGCCUUUGUGUUCAAUCUGUCAGACAGUGUACGGCAGAAAUCUAUACUCGGAUAUUCGCUGCUCGAUGCCCACCCAUCCCUUGAACAGGGCGGGUCCCGCUUUGGCAACCCCGCCUUCCGAUCCUUUUUCGACGAUGUCGAAUCUCACAGCCUGUCAUGGCAUAGAGACCUGCUGGGCAUUACUGACGAAGCCGCCAAAGUCGAGAUAUCAACCUACCUGGUUAGCUCCCUAGGUUCGCGUUCGCGUCUCGACUACGGGUCGGGCCAUGAGCUCAACUUCAUGAUGUGGCUGCUAUGUCUCUACCUGCAUCGUGCCCUUGACACACAUGAUUUCCCCUUUCUCGUCUGUCGCGUCUUCACUCGCUAUAUCGAGCUUAUGCGCCGUAUCCAGCUAACUUACUACCUGGAGCCAGCCGGGUCUCACGGUGUCUGGGGUCUGGACGACUACCAAUUUCUACCUUUCCUCUUCGGUGCAUCACAACUAACUGGGCAUCGCUACAUAACGCCUCUCUCCAUACACAAUAAUGUCGUCCUUGAUGAAGAGUGUGGAAACUGGAUAUACCUCGAUCAAGUCAAGUGGGUGGAUAGUGUAAAGACCGUAAAGGGCCUCAGGUGGCACAGUCCCAUGCUAGAUGAUAUCUCCGGCGCUAAGAAUUGGUACAAGGUAGAAGCUGGCAUGAAGAAGAUGUUUAUCAAGGAAGUGCUGGGUAAGCUACCCAUUAUGCAACACUUUUUGUUCGGAAGCUUGAUUCCUGCAACUCCAGAGAUGGGCGUUCGGGAGCCUCAGGAGGGCGUGCAUGAUCACAAUCACUGUGAUCAUUCUCAUAACAAGUCUUCCGGCGGAGUGGACUUCUGGGGAGACUGCUGUGGUAUAAAAGUACCCAGUGCUGUUGCUGCGGGAGAAGAGAUGAGGAAACGACAGGGAAACUCUGAUCUGCGGCCUAUUCCAUUUGAUUGA